AUGUCAGGAAACCAAAAUGCUCCCGCGUUCUUCGCGGCCAACGGCGACCCCCACAAUUUCGCCGUGGUCGAGCCCAACAAUUGGGGCGACGGCGACGACAUCGAGCGCUUGGAACGCAUCCUCGACAUCAAGUGUCUGUUGGUGAGCACCACCAACGAGGAUCCGCGUUUCACCGACGGGUUGCCCCGCAUCCUCACCACAGCAUUCGGCGAUGAUGACGAUGGCGACGACGCAGCGUGCACCUAUGUCAUGCUGGCGUACGACGAGGGCUCUCACUUUCGGCCCAUCACGUACAUCGGCCGCGGCAGCUUCCAGUUGAGCGAGCUGCCCUGGAGGCGCGCGCACUCGCGGCACGCACAGCCGAGCCGUUGCGCGCCCGCGUGCUGCGCGCGGCCGGCCGAUGACAUCAUGUCGCAGCAUCCGGCGUUUGAUCAGUUUAUCAACAACAACGCAUCACUGAAUUGGAACGAUGACGUGCACGUGGAGCCCGAGCUGGCGCGCGAUGACGGCGUCGUGGCCCAGCUCGCCGCGGCCGAAUCGUUCGAACACGACGAAGGGGUGCUGGUUUUCAACGAGGAGGACCAGGACAACGAUCCGCAUGCGCAAGAGGUCGUGGGGAUCCAGCUCGGGGAACCGCAGGCGACCAUCACGACGGCGGCACCUCCGCCCAAGCCCCUACGCGACCGGCUCGCGGAUCGCCUGCAGCCUCCUCCCACGCCACGCAAGGAGCCGACGCCACCGCGCCGGCGCAAGCCUACCACGCCUCCGCCAUCGCCCCCCAAGCCGAAACCCAAGCCGCCGACGAAAAAAGCCGUGACCAAGGUGGUGGCGACACCGCCGCCUUCGCCUCCCAAGCCGGCGGCGCCGCCGAAGCGCAAGCCCGCACCGCCUCCGCCAAAGCCGAUUCCUCUGGCGCCAUCGCUCAAGCGCAAGCCCAACGAGUUCGUGCCGCCGGCUCCCUUGCCGGACGACUGCGACCUGAAUGAGAUUAUCAAGAAGAACCCGCUCAGCAAGAGCAUGGAGCUCUACAAGAUCGCCAAUCCCGACCGCGUGCACGAUCACAAGACGGCCCUGCGCAGACAGUCCCAGGGAUCGCCCGCUGCCGCUGAAGAGCAGGAGGAGGAGCAAAAAGGCAAUCCGUUCGGCGCCUUGGUCAGGAAGCCGGAUGCGGUGCUGAGCUACCCUCUGCAACACCAUGAUUCCCGCAUCAACCCUAUCUCACAAUCGGCAUGUGAGCCGAUCCAAUGCAAUGAUGAGGAGGAGGAAGAAGAAGAAGAGGAAGAGGAGGCCGAAGAGGAAGAGCAGCCAGAGGAAGAAGAGGAAGAGGAACCCGCGCCACAUGUGAAGCGCGUCGUCGAUCCUACGCUUUGUACGGCUGGUAUGCUCUACGGUCCCAGUCUCGCAGAUCAGCUCCAUGAUGCCAGACAGGAGGUUGAAGCCAAAGAACAGGAGGAGGAGGAAGAGGAAGAGGAGGCAGCAGAGCCUGAGGAACAAGAAGAGGAGGAAGAACCCACGAAUCCCAUACCCGCGCUGGUGACUGGCGUCGCGGCCCUGGCCGCCGGCAACGUCACUGGUGCCUUCGCGCCCAAGCCCACCGAUGCCACCACCAUGUCCAAGUACAAGCGGCGCGUGAACGCCCACGUGCGCAUCUGCAUGCUGGAGCGCAGGGGCCAUUGGUUCAAUCAAAAGUUCAAUCUCACAUCCGACGUCGACCAGAUGAACGCGUACGCCAACUCCAUGGAGAAGGUGGGCAGUGUGACACGCAGCCUCAACACAUCACACAAGUUGCUCAUCUUCAGCGUCAGUGUGAUCAAGUAUCUCAACAGCCUCAGCCCCAUCAAGGCUGAACUCAACAACUGGUUGUCCAAUGUGAUGACCAACAUUGGCGACUAUGACGCUGUGCUGCUCAAGAUUUGGGAGCGCUUCAAUGAUUUGCGCAACAGCGGCCAGAUGAAUCCAUACCUCAAGCUGGCCGGCAUGUUGGUCCUGGGCGGCGGCGCCUACCACAUGACGUGCAAGAUGGUCAAGGAUCGCAGCCAGCGGAUCUCAGAACACAAGCACAGGCAGAGGAACCUUCGAGAGUGA